UUCGUUCCCUUAUUUUCUCUCCAUUACGCAACCCCGUUUCCCCGCCACCGUAAAUCUGGAUCUGCUCUCGUCACCUCCACUUCUUCGCUGACCUCUCUCUUUCCCUUUCUCCAGAUCACAGGCUGUCUGGUCUCCGGCAAUUUUCUGUAUCCCUCCUCCAAUUUUGAACUGUUGUUGCUUGCUUUCCGUUAGCCUUGACUUGGGAGGGCUGUAACCGACAGAGAGUCCCUAGUUCUCAAAGAACACUUUCAUCUGGAUCGCAAUUACAACUAGAAGGCUCUGGAAAAAUCAUUCCUCUAUUCUCUCUUAAACCACAAAACCAAAGAUGAUGUCCGGCAAUUACACUACCAUUGACAAACAGAACGUCUCUGGAUCUGUUCCUGCAGUUGGAGAAUCCGGCCAUGUUUCAGUUAAUUUCGCCGAAUCGAAUCUUCAGACAUUUCCUCCAUCAGAAACAUCAGGAAAGAUGGCCAGUGGUUCUAGACCUCCUCGAGAUGCCGAUGAUACAUUCUCCAAACCAGGUGCUGGUUCUGAUGCCCCUCAAUCCAGUGGUUGGCUUGGGAUAUUCAGUGUUGCUGCUUACCAACCAUAUUUUGAUGUUGAUACUUCUGAUGUCUUGGAGAGGAUUAAAGAAUCACUUUUUCCAUGGAAAGGAAAUUUCACAGAGUUGAUCUCCAACAGCCCAGAUUUGUAUGGACCAUUUUGGAUAUGCACUACACUAAUAUUCAUUGCUGCAGCCAUUGGUACAUUUGUUACAUAUUUUUCACACAAGAUACAAAGCAAAGAAUAUAAUUAUGACAUAAGCCUCGUGACCUGGUCUGCUGGUUUGUUCUAUGGUUAUGUGAUGAUCGUUCCUCUGGGCCUUUAUUUGGUGCUAAAGUAUUUCUCCGCACCAUCGGGCUUUGUCCAAUUGCUCUGCUUGUAUGGUUACUCCUUGUUUGUGUUUGUUCCUGCGUUGUGUUUGUCUAUUGUGCCCCUGGAUAUAUUCAGAUGGGUGAUUGCAGGUGUGGCCGGGCUUAUGUCUGCAAGCUUUGUCGCCCUCAAUCUCAAAACGCACAUUGAGUCAGCUGGUGAAAGGUGGUUCCUCAUCGUUGUUGCAAUAUUUUUGUUGCAAGUAGCUUUGGCAAUUGCACUCAAGAUCUACCUAUUCACGGUUUCAGUUUAAAAACAUUAUUGAACCAGAGAUUAUAUAGAGAAGGGUUCGGAUGCAUAUGAUGUAGUUUUAUUCUCCAGAAACUUAAUUUUAUAGAUCUACACAUAAGGAAGAAUUUGGCCAGAAUUUUGGCUGUCAAUGUUAACAACGAGCGAUCUGUUGACCGAAACUUGAUUGUAUUAAUUCAUUUUUGGCAAUAUAAGUUGGAAAGACAGGGUAUAUUUGGUUGA